GUAGAGAGCUGCUGGAUCUCCGAGACCAGGACCAGGACCAGAACAAGAGCGGAAUGGAGGAGGAGCAGCAGAAGCCGGAGCAGCGGAGCAACAAGGUCCCCAGAAGAGCAGCAGCAGGCUCGGCCUCUGAUAGCAGCGGUGUUCAGAAACGGAGAGGAAGAGGGGGACUCGGAUAUCACAGCUGUCAGCACUGUGGCAAGUCCUUCAGAAGAUCUGGAAGUUUAAAGAUUCAUCAGAGAGUUCACACUGGAGAGAAACCAUACAGCUGUGACCAAUGUGGAGCAGCUUUCACACAGUUAGAAACCUUAAAAUCCCACCGACGUGUUCACACUGGAGAGAAGCCGUUCUGGUGUGAACAAUGUGGGAAAACAUUUUCUCACAGUAGUAGCCUUAAAGUCCACCAACGCAUUCACACUGGAGAUAAACCGUACAGCUGUGAACUAUGUGGGGCAACAUUCACCGUUCAAAGUUCCCUAAAGUCCCACCGACGUGUUCACACUGGAGAGAAGCCGUUCUGGUGUGAACAAUGUGGGAAAACAUUUUCUCACAGUAGUAGCCUUAAAGUCCACCAACGCAUUCACACUGGAGAUAAACCGUACAGUUGUGAACAAUGCGGGGCAGCUUUCUCACGGUCAUCUCACCUAAAGACCCACCAACAUGUACACACUGGUGAGAAGCUGUUCUGGUGUGAACAAUGUGGGAAAAUGUUUUGCCAGAGUGGUGGCCUUAAAAGACACCAACGCAUUCACACUGGAGAUAAACCGUACAGCUGUGACCAAUGCGGAGCAGCUUUCACACAGUUAGAAACCUUAAAAUCCCACCGACGCAUUCACACUGGAGAGAAGCCGUUCUGGUGUGAACAAUGUGGGAAAACAUUUUCUCACAGUAGUAGCCUUAAAGUCCACCAACGCAUUCACACUGGAGAUAAACCGUACAGCUGUGAACUAUGUGAGGCAGCUUUCACAACGUUAGAAAACUUAAAAUCCCACCGACGUGUUCAUACUAGAGAGAAGCCGUUCUGGUGUGAACAAUGUGGGAAAACUUUUUCUCAGAGUGGUAACCUUAAAGUCCAUCAACGCAUUCACACUGGAGAGAAGCCGUACAGCUGUGAACAAUGCAGAGCAACUUUCUCAGAGUUAGGCAGCUUAAAAUCCCACCGACGUGUUCACACUGGAGAGAAGCCAUUCUGGUGUGAACAAUGUGGGAAAACUUUUUCUCACAGUAGUAGCAUUAAAAAACACCAACGCAUUCACACUGGAGAUAAACCGUACAGCUGUGAACAAUGUGAGGCAGCUUUCACAACGUUCGAAAACUUAAAAUCCCACCGACGUGUUCACACUGGAGAGAAGCCGUUCUGGUGUGAACAAUGUGGGAAAACCUUUUCUCAGAGUAGUAACCUUAAAAAACACCAACGCAUUCACACUGCCUCCUCUUGAACAUGUUCUAAAGCCAAGCUGUUGUUAGAGAGGAGAGAGGGAACAAAUAGUGUGAGUCAAGACGCUGUUUACUACCCUGAUAACAAAAGAGAGCAGUCAAGUCAAAUUUAUUUCAUCCAUAAAAAUGGAAAUGACAGUGCUCAUACCCCUUACCCCAUACGCCUUAAUGCCCAUAAAAAAUAGAGCAUAAAUACAAUUAAAAUAAAUACAAUAUAUCAUACAAUACAUAAAUGCAGUGUAAAAAAGUACAAAAAUAUAUGUUUAAAGUGCUUGUUGUGCUGUCUGAUAGUCUGAGGUAUAAAAGAGAGAGCAUACCGCUUAGUUUGUGUCACAGGAGGCCUUAAGGUGAUUAUAUACUGGACGCAGCCCAGCUGGCGCGUACAAAUGUGACGUCAUGAGAUCGCCAUGACUAUUUAUACCUGCGCUGGUGGUGGCGACACUAGUUGCAGUCUUCUCCUGAACAGUGGUGGUGCUAGUGAGCAAAGGCUAGCAACGCUGCUCUUUCUACGGACUAGAAGAAGAAGAAAAAGGUAAACAA